AUGUCCAAUGAUCAAAGACCACCUUCAUCUUCCACACAUCCACACCAUGAUGAUGAUGAUGACGAUGAUGAUGAUGAUGAUGAAAACAUAAGAGAAAUCCAUGCUCUAACCUCCCCUCUUCCACCACCACCGCCCGCCUACCCCCACCGCCACUGGGAAACCACCAGCCACCACCGAUCCUCCUCCCUCUCAGUCGCCAGCACCGAAGGCGAAAGCUUCACCACCAUGAGUCGAGAGUUUAACGCCCUCGUGCUAGCGGGAACCGGCAUACACGUGAACGGAAGCGAAAACAGCGAGGUGGCGAACAGUACGAAUACAAACAAUGAAAGUAGCAGCAACUUGGAAAGGAUCGGGGAGGAAGAGAUGACGGAGACUAAUCCGUUGGCGAUUGUCCCGGAUCAUAAUCCGUUGGCGAUUGUCCCGGAUCAUAAUCCGUUGGAGGCGUCACCUAGCGGCACGAGGUCGAUGAUAACCACGGGCGGAAACCCUGGUGAGGUGUCCGUUCAAACGGUGAAGAAAGAGGAGGUCGAAUCGAAGAUAUCCGCUUGGCAAAACGCCAAGAUUUCGAAGAUCAACAAUCGGUUCAAACGCGACGACGCCAUCAUCAACGGAUGGGAGAAUGAACAGGUUCAGAAGUCGAGUUCGUGGAUGAAGAUAGUCGAGAGGAAAUUGGAGGCGAAACGAGCACGAGCAAUGGAGAAGAUGCAAAACGAGAUAGCGAAAGCUCGAAGGAAAGCAGAAGAAAGGAGAGCGACGGCAGAGGCAAAGAGAGGAACCAAAGUGGCAAGGGUCUUGGAAGUGGCCAACUUGAUGAGGGUCGUCGGUCGAGCUCCUGCGAAACGCUCGUUCUUUUAAGCUUUUUUGUGUCGUUAUCGCAACAUACGAAAUGAUUAGGGUUUGAAAAAUAAGGGCACCCAAAAGAUUAGGAGACAAUUGUACCCAAAAAAAAAAAAACGAGACUUUGGAGGUGCAAUGUUGUAUGUACAAAGACAAGAGUUUUGAGUGUUUAAAGUGUUUUUGAA